AUGGUACCGAAGAUGCGUUGGCCUUCCUCUGCCAAAAUGCGAAGCAAGAUGCAGACACUACUCGACAAGCUGGCUGUAGAGACGGUGCCGGGACUGUCCAAUGCUCAGCUGAUGUUGAUCAACCAUGAUCUACUACCAGUCGAGCCUGAACGGCGGCAAUGGACCUGGAAGAACUUCGUUGCAUUCUGGAUAGCGGAUUCCCUGAACAUUAAUACAUGGAUGAUAUCCUCCUCUAUGGUGCAGGGUGGUUUGUCCUGGUGGCAGUCUUGGAUAUGUGUCUGGAUCGGAUACUUCGUUGCGUCUGCUUUAGUCUGUCUGACGGGUCGGAUUGGUGCUAUGUACCAUAUUUCGUUUCCCGUUGCUUGUCGAGCCUCAUUUGGAGUAUGGGGGUCGCUCUGGCCCGUCAUCAACCGAGUCGGGAUGGCUAUUAUCUGGUAUGGUGUGCAAGGAUACAUCGGGGGUCGAUGCGUUACUGUGAUGAUCGAAUCCAUCUGGCCCAGCUAUGCCCAUCUUCACAACUCCUUGUCUCCCAGCUCCGGAGUCACCACACGAGACUUUGUCAGUUUCUUCAUUUUCUGGCUUCUGUCAUUACCGGCAAUCUGGUUCCCCAUUCAUAAGAUCCGGCAUCUCUUUACAGUCAAGGCGAUCUAUGCCCCCAUCGCCGCCAUUUCCUUCUUUGCCUGGGCCAUCGCCCGUGCCCACGGCAUCGGACCCAUUGUGCGUCAGCCCAACACUGCUCACGGUAGUGCCUUUCGCUGGGCGUUUGUGAAGGGGAUCAUGAGUUGCAUGGGAAACUUUGCGACUCUGAUUGUGAACGACCCCGACUUUUCGCGGUUCGCACGAAAGCCCAAGGACGCUAUUUGGGCCCAGCUCUUCACAAUUCCUAUCGGUUUUGGUAUCACCUCAUUCAUCGGCAUCAUUGUGACAUCCUCAUCCACGGUCAUCUUUAACAAGAGCGUCUGGGAUCCCCUCGAGGUCCUGGAGGAAUUCCUUCAGGGCGCCAGCUCGGGGCAGCGCUUUGGUAUUUUCGUCAUCGCAACGGGAUUUGCUCUGGCUCAAUUGGGAUCCAACAUUGCCGCAAACUCGGUAUCCGCUGGUACGGACAUGACGGCAUUACUCCCUCGAUACAUCACCAUCAGACGUGGUGGAUACAUCUGCGCGGCCAUUGGUUUGGCCAUGUGUCCUUGGAAACUUGAAUCCUCCUCUAACCAAUUCACCACCUACCUCUCCGCGUAUUCCGUCUUUCUCUCCUCGAUCGCCGGCGUCAUACUCUGCGACUACUUCGUCGUCCGCAAGGGCUACCUGAGUGUGAAGGACCUGUACAGCGGCGAGAAACACUCACCUUACUACUACACAUACGGCGUCUCCUGGCGUGCCUAUUUCGCCUAUAUCUCAGGGAUCCUGAUCAACAUUGUCGGCUUCGUCGGCGCCAUCCAAGAGGUGAACGGCAAAGUGACCGUCCCGAUUGGGGCUCAGUAUAUCUACAACAUCAACUACUUCGUGGGCGUCAUUGUCUCGUUCACUACAUAUUACGCCAUAUGUAUUGUCUUCCCCGUCCCGGCGACGAGCAGUACGUGGAACGAAGUCGGUCUGCUCGAUGAGCAUUUCCAUAUUGCAGAUGGCCAGGAUCCCGAAGAGGAUAUCCCGGAGAUCGAACCGGGUGUUGGCAAGGCCUCUUCUAUUGUCAAAGCUAUUCCGUGAUGAAUUUGGUUUGUUCUGCGUGUUGUGUGAACGACACUAUAUAUAUAUGUAUAUAAUGUUUUUUUAUGAUUCCCCCUACUGCCUGUCUUCCCCCUUCUAGCCUGGUAUUUUGGAAAUAGAGAUAAAU